UUAAAAAUGGCGUCGAUUUAGUAACGCAAGAGUCACGUGAUCUGUUGCUGAACUGCAUAAAACUACACCCAAGUGUUCACGAAGUAUUUUUUCCGGAAGUGACGAAAGAUCUCCGAAUAACCGACGAAGAUUUACGAGGAUUUCCGAUUCACAGCCUAGCAGUUGCAGUCAUAUGCGAGGCCAUUUCAAAAGGAGAUGAUCCGUACAAGUUUUACUGUAUAAUCGAAAAGAAUAACUUGGAAAAUGUGCUGACUGAAUUGUACACUAGUGUACAUUGGAAGAAAUUGGGGUUCUCCAUGUACUGCGCUCUGUACCCGUCCGUAGUGAGAGACGCACGGACGAACAUCAGUUUGCAAGACUUCAUUGACGAUGAUGGGCCGGAGUGGGCGGACCGUAUUAUUGAGCGCAUGACGGAGCCCUCUUGGACGAUGGGAUGGGUGCAAAAAAUGGUCCGCGGUCAUGUGACAGAGGAGGAAUACAACAUGGCGAUGAACACACUGUUCGUCAAAUUGCACAUGUUGGACCCGCAGCCUGUCAUUCCGACCUUUCAUCUGCUGAAUCACAUCCGAGCUCUCCCGGAAUGCAACCUAGAGCUGGCCACCCGGGACUACCUCGGAGACCCACUGGACGCUGCGGCACUCAGCGCGCAUGCGCGGACGGCCGUAACAAAGGAGACCAUGCCUAGCAACGGCACGUCGCGCAUGAGCCUCGACAAAAUCGAAGUUUUUAACGGCUUUGACGUCGAGGAGUUUAUAAUGACGGAAGCACGUAACGUCGGCGUCUGGAACGGGCGACGUCCCGACAAUAAAAGAACUAGUGACCUCCAGGAUAGAUGCAGCGUCAUGUAAUCUCGUGAUCACAUUUGGCCGUUUCCGGUUCUCGUCGAAAAAAAUGCGCACGCAUCCAGAUGUCGGAAAAAGCUCGCAAACCCUUUGUAAUAAGCAUCAAUUGUUCGUCUGUGACAACGAAAUGAACAAACGCAUGCGUUAGUUGUGACGAUGUUACAAAUACGUUUCGUUGACUCGGACCUUCUAUCUAAUGACGUCGAGGUCUGGGCGGAUUUAUACAAUAACACAUGUGUUUUGAUUUUGUGGGAGAAAAUCUCCAGUGUGCUUCCAUAUUGAAUGUAAUUUUGUUCAUUCGACUUAUUUUGUACCAAAAUCAUCAUAUGUGUCUUCUGUGAAUGUUUUAAUUGUUAAGCGUACAUUUUGGGUGUGAACAAAUGCGAAUAAUACGGUAUCGAUGCAUAAGUUAUGCUGUUCACACAUUUUUGAAUGUAUGACAAGUAUUGAUAAACAUUUCGUGUGUAAUACGUAACGAUUUAAUAUCAUACAUCGCUGACGAGCGAUAUUUACACGCGUUCGCUUGAACGCUUGUUAAUUAUGGUAGAUCUAAUAAAGCUUAUCAGGGACGACAUGUUCCGCCCAAACUGGAUUCUCGCUAAGAAGAGACUUUCUUUAGACGAAAAAUACCAUAAAAGCGGAGACUGUCGUCCCUGAUUAGCAUGUGAACAUGCAUUAAACCCAGUUUUCCCAAAACGCUGCUCUUAUUAUUCUUUUUAUCGCAUAAUGUUCAAAGUUGUGCCUUUUAAUAUGUUAUUAUUAUUAAUGGUUGCUAAAUAUGUUAAUAUUUGAAUAUAUAAUUUAAUAUGUGGAAUAUGUAAAUAUUUGUAUAUGUGUGACAUAAAAUAACAUUUAAAUAUGUUUGAAUAUGUUAUA